CUCCUCUGGGCUCGAGAAACAACCCUUAUUAUCGCGCUUUUGUGAAUCGUAUCAUGGCCUUUCAAUUAAUCAAACAUAUAUUCAACUUUUUCUAUCCCAACGAGACAGAGAAUCAAAAUGAUCCAGAUCGGCCGGGUCCGCUGCUGAGUUUUGGGGACCUCAUACCCUGCUAUGACCGUUCAGGAGUUAUUCGAACUCUGCACGGACUUGACAGUCCAGACUUGAACCAAUAUGGUGCGGAGGCAUACCCCGUGAUAGACUACAUCUUGCGAUCGAAGAAGAAGCCAGAUGGUGUGGGUGCAUACAGCAUACCGUUUUGUGGUGACAUCUCAUCUCACGAGUAUGCCAAAAUUGCACGUUGGUUCUCGGAGAAUGUUCCUGGUGCUUCCGGUCAAGUCGAAACAUGGCUUGGUGGCAUGCCUUUGGUGCAUGCUUUCACUCUCGUGGUUGCUCAUCGAAAGGCCAGUGAUUUUGAAAAACGCGUCGAAGCUCGAAACGAAGAAUGGAACGAUAGCAUGCUGUUGAAGAUGGCUUGGGCCGAUCUCAUGAUAAGCUAUCCUACCAAUAGCUUCGUGGCUGAUGUCGACCUCGAGUGUCUGACCGCACUAGAAGCAAGGAUGUUCGAGGAUUCCGAAGAAGCAGGACCUGCAGGCAACCAGCAGUGGGGUUUGGAUGCUGGCCAACAUCACAGGCGAUGGAAUGUGUAUCUCUGA